AUGUAUCGGAAGUUGUCUAAGUUAGAACACUCGGAAAUAAAACAACUUCUUACAGAAGCUAACAUAGAUGUUGCAAAGCAUUACGCAACAAACAAAAAAGCACUCGCUGACUUCAUUAAAGACUACAAUGGUGAAAUAACUUAUGAUAGAAUUCAUGAGUUCAUAAAGCCGCAACGCGGCGAGGACGAAGUCCAUGCAAGAGCAUUUCCUUUAAAUGACAUUGCUAUUGACUUAUAUCAUAGACGUUCAGUACCACAUGAAGUAAGAAGAGAAAUGUUUGACAUAACAAAUGCAAACGUUGGUCAUACUCGUAAAGCUCUUUCGCAUGAU